UCCAAAGGUAUUGGCAUUGCCCUCUUUCUCUCUCUCUCUCAAAAUCGCCAUACAAAAAAAUAUUAUAAGAAAUUGUGAGCUAGAGGGAGAGAGGACGAGGAAACAAGCGAGUAAACAAUCAAAUUCUGUUCAAUCCCUCUCUGCUCUUUCAAAUCCCUGUUCUUCAAUUGUUGAUUAACCAAUUUUCCAGCUGCACGGCCCUUCGACCCAGAGGUUAUUUCGCCGGUUGGUCGUUGAGCUAAUUUUCCAGAUUGAAGAUGGUUUUCUGGGUUUUUGGCUAUGGGUCAUUGGUGUGGAACCCCGGUUUUGAGGUCGACGAGAAAGUGAUAGGGUUUAUUAAGGACUACAGGCGUGUCUUUGAUUUGGCGUGCAUUGACCACAGAGGUACGCCUGAGCUCCCAGCUAGAACCUGCACCUUGGAAGAAUAUGAAGGAUCUGUCUGCUGGGGCGCUGCUUAUUGCAUACGUGGAGGGCCGGAGAAAGAGAAAGCGGCAAUGGCGUAUCUCGAGAGACGAGAAUGCGAAUAUGACCAGAAAACUCUGGUAGACUUUUACAAAGAGGGCGAUUAUGAACAGCCCUUCAUAACUGGUGUGAUUGUAUUCACGUCAACCCCUGACAAGAUAUCGAAUAAGUAUUAUUUAGGUCCGGCUCCUUUGGAGGAGAUGGCCACGCAAAUUGCAACGGCAUUUGGACCUUGUGGCAAUAAUAGGGACUACCUGUUUUUGCUGGAGAAGGCCCUGUUUGAUAUCGGUCACGAAGAUGACUAUGUUAUCGAGCUUGCGAAUGAGGUGAGGAAGGUGCUGGGAAUAGUUAAAAGUGGUGUGGCUAUUGGGAAAAAGCUGCUUUGGGCUUCCUCAUCUGAUGUGCGGGUUAAGUCGAGCUUGUCUCCUCUCAAGUUGAGGCCUCUGCAGGAAGCAAUUGCCAUGGAUUCUUCUUAGUAGCUGAUAACAAAAAGUCUUUUUUUUUUCCUUUUUUUUUUCCCACUUAACAGAGUUACUGGCUGGUUAGAUUUAGCUUGUUUGAGGCAUUUCUUCUUCUUCUUCUUCUUCUUC